CCCCCCCCCCCGGACCCCCUCCCCGCCUCGGGGUCCCCGCAGCUCCCCAAGCCCCCCCCGGACCGUGCGGGCCCCACCCCGACCCCCUCCCCGAGCAGCGACCCCGACCCCGCAGCGAUGGUGACGAUCCUGAGCACGGUGGAGGCCCAGGCUCCCAGCACCCCAGGGCCAUCAGGCUGUGGCCCCAUCCCUGUCCCCGUGGCUGUGCCAGUGGUGGCGGUGCCGGGGCCGGGGGUGGCGGCAGCGCUGCCCAAUGGGGCCCCCCCAGGCCCCCCCAUGGCCGAUGACAGCAAAACCAACCUGAUCGUCAACUACCUGCCCCAGAGCAUGAGCCAGGAGGAGCUGCGGAGCCUCUUUGGCAGCCUCGGGGACAUUGAGUCCUGCAAGCUCGUUCGUGACAAGGUCACCGGGCAGAGCCUGGGCUACGGCUUCGUCAACUACGUUGAGGCAGGUGACGCCGACAAGGCCAUCAGCACCCUCAACGGCCUCAAGCUGCAGACCAAGACCAUCAAGGUGUCCUAUGCCCGGCCCAGCUCAGCGUCCAUCCGUGACGCCAACCUCUACGUGAGCGGCCUCCCCAAGGCCAUGGGGCAGAAGGAGAUGGAGCAGCUCUUCUCCCAGUACGGCCGCAUCAUCACCUCCCGCAUCCUUGUCGACCAGGUCACAGGUGUCUCACGAGGGGUGGGCUUCAUCCGCUUCGACAAGCGCGUGGAGGCAGAGGAGGCCGUCCGGGGGCUGCACGGGCAGAAACCGCUGGGCGCCGCCGAGCCCAUCACUGUCAAGUUCGCCAACAGCCCGGGCCAGAAAUCAGGGGGGGCCCUGCUCAGCCUCUGCCCCAGCGCCCGCCGCUACGGUGCCCUGCACCACCCCCCCCAGCGCUUCCGGCUCGACAAUUUGCUGAACGUGGCCUACGGCGUGAAGAGGCACCAUGAACACCCUGAGGACUCCCCCUGGGCGCCCCAGAGCUCGUGGACACUGUGGGGGACAUGGGGGGCAUCCCCGAAGAUCCUCCCCCCUCCCGGAAAGACUGGAGACCCCCCCCAGGACACUGAGGACACACUGGGAAUCCCUCCUCAGGCACCCCAAAACCCCUGGGACUUGCAAAGGCGCCUGGAUACAGAGGCAAGUCACCUCCAAAGCCCCCUGGAAUACCACGGGCACCCCAAAGACCCUGGAGAUGAGCCCCCUCCCCACCUGGAGAUGUUGGCAGACACCCCCCCUCCCCCCGGGCACUGUGGACACCCUGGAGGUGGGGUCUCAGCACCUGGAAGCCGCAGUGACCCCCAGCAAGCCCAGGUACCUCAGGAAUCUCCCGGACACCCCCCCCCCCGCCCCUGUGAGACUCCCCCCCCCCCCCCCCGGGGGCAGGUGCCAGACACUGCCCCCCCCUUCCCCCCCCCCCCCCACUCCGGGAUGGCCACGCACCCCCAAAUGGGGAGGAGUUGGGGGGGGGGGUGUCGUUCCCCCUCCCCUUAGGGAUGUCCUGCCCCUCGGGGGAGGUGUGGAUGUGCGUGUGUGUGUGGAAGGCCAGGUCGGGGGGGGCGAAUGCAGGGGUCCCCCGGGACCGAACUGCCCCCCACCCCCUGCGGUGGCACCGCGGGGAGCCCCGCCCCCUGGCUCGGCCCCGCCCCCUGGCUCGGCCCCGCCCCAAAGGCCAAGCCCCGCCCCAAAGGCCAAGCCCCGCCCCGUCCCUCGGGGCCAAGCCCCGCCCCAGGACUAGAUCCCGCCCCCGCGCGUGUCGCGCCAGCCCCCGUGGCGCCCUCUGGCGGUGGCCGGACCACCCGGAGGACGCGGGUUCCAGUCCCGGCUCCGGCCGCUGCCCCGGGGGGGUGGGGGGGGGGGCGGGGGGCGGGGGGCUUCCCCCACCAGAACCCCCCAUUCGGCUUGUUUUGUCCUCAGGCUGGUGCCAAGAGGGGACCGUGCCCCCCUCCUCCCCUCCAGUCCAGCAGUCCGGGGGGAGGGAGGAUAUCUAUCUGUUCUCUCUCCUCUUUUUUUUUUUCCAUUUCUUUUUUUUUUUUAUUGGAGGGGGAACUUUUUUGGGGGGGAGAAAGAACAAACAAUAAUGAGUAAUAACAAUAAUGGUAGCGCUAAUGGUAGCGAGGAGAGAGACCGACAUAGCAAGCGGUGACUCCUCCAGAGCGACAGACACAAAACCAUCUAUUUUUGUAAGAGAAGAAAAAAAAACAAAAAAAAAACCAAACAAAAAAAUCUUAAAAAAAAAAAAAAAUCCUCUGAAGUCCCCCCAAACUGUCCCUCUGGAGGGAAGUUGCGGGGAAGGGGGGGGGGAGGGAAUCUGUAAUGUGCCCCCCCCCACCCCCCCGGUUGCCCAGAGGCAGGGUCAGAGGUUGU